AUGAAUUUGCUGGGAACUGAGGAUCCCGGCACUUCACCAACAGCAAACUCGAAUAAUCGGCCGCCACAACUAAAUCUUAAUCCACCGGACAAUCCUCAGCACGACGCAGAACCCUCGCUUGCUUCUUCUCCUACGGUAGCACCUAAUGAUGGUCCGUCAACCUUCUUCAACGACUAUUCGGAGCAGGAUGCGCCUCCUGCAUCCAACUUAUUCCGUCCAGGAACGGCCCAGACAUAUGCGAGCGAACCUCUAGAGUUAGACUACAACGGUGAUCACCGAAGGCCUUCAGUCGCCAGCGCCAUGACUGUCAGUAGCCAAGGUUCCAAGUCUAGUGCCGGUGCGCUUUUCAAAAAGAAGUUGCAAGGAUUUUUCGGCGACGAGUAUGUUGGAAAUGGAGAUCCGAGACAUGACUCGGACAAUUUCACUCAAAAUUCGGCUACGAAACCUUCCUCCCUCGAUCAAUUCCGAGCACGCGAGAGAGCCAAUUCCGAUGGCUCCCGAAACCCAGGAACUUCACCGGCUCCAAAUCAAGCGAGACCUCAUACCCCUCUCCCUUCGAGCGAAAUCACUCCGUGGUUAUACCAAAGUUUUAACGAUAUACCCCAGUAUGGCGAAGCUCCUGUCCGAGAAGCACCCACAACGACGGCUGAUGGCCAACGCGGGUCGGUAUCCCAGAGAGACCAAUCCCGCCGGCAUUUCAGCGGCCACCGCCACUCACGAAGCAAGGAAGAGAAACCGACAGCCGCUGGUGAUUUAGCAGGCUAUUCUAAUCGCCCAGCAACGGGACGAGACGAUCUAUCUCUGGGUCUUCGGCCGUCUAGAGAAGGCAGCUUGAACUACCCAACUCCGAUGACUUCGACAACGACACUUGUUGGCCGUUCAACCAGUCCAACUCCAAGCGUCCAAAGUGCCUACUCCAGAGAACAGGGCCAAAAUUCGCCUGGGGCACAGACGAGUAAGCGGUCUUUCCUCGACAAGAUACGCCGUCCGAAACACGGUCAUUUGAAGAACAUCACCGGGUCGAAGGCAGUACAAGAGACCACUAAAGCUGCUGCUUCGAAGUUGUCUCGACGUGAAGCAUCGCCUGCCAGGCGUGGACGGCAGGGCAGUAUCGAAAGCGGAACAUCCUCUCGCUUGGCCGAUUCGGGAGAUAACGAGCGCAAAAGGGACGGCAAAGGCUUAGCCAUCAGCUCUGCGAAAUUGAGGGGUCGUCGAGGUCAUGCCAAUGAGGUUCCUCCCGGAAAGGAAAUCAGACAACCCGACAGAUCCAAUGUGUGGGAGCUCGAUACAGACCUCACUCACAUGGAAGGUAUUGUAAACCCACCAUCACCGAGCGCAAAGAGCAAGACGUUUGAUGGUGCUUCCAUUCGAUCCGAGGAAACAAGACGGCGUGAUGCGGUGCCCGCGGGUAAUUGGGACGCUCCGGAAAGUUGGCAUGUGAAGAAGCAGAACGAGCCGUCUACCUUACUCCCCCAGGACACCUCUGAACCUGGCCCUACGAUUACCGAGCCGGAUGGACCGAAUUGGUACAUACGGAUCUUCCGUCCAGAUGCUACAUUCGCUACGCUCUCGGGUGGGUUAUACGCCACUGUCGCAGACCUGGUUCAUGGACUCAGUCGAAAGUCUUUCCUCACCGAACAUAUCAGUAAUUACGAACUAGUCAUGCAGAAGAAUGACCUUUCAAGACAGCUUGACCAGACGGAGAUGCCCAUUCUCAUGCAGAAACGAAUGCUCGAACAAGUGGGUUAUACUGAGAAAGACCGUAUCGAAGAGGUCGGCCGGGAAGAUCACAGUUACAUUCUGCGCUUCACAUUUCUACCGGCCAGGAUCACUGGCUACAUCAUCGAUGGCAAUGAUCCCCUCGGCAAAGCUCAGCAGAAGUUCAGCCAUGUGGACCUGUCGAAUAGAAGCCUUGUUACGAUCCCCAUUGGUCUUUACAAGAAAGCGCCCGAGAUUAUUUCGCUAAACCUAUCGAAGAAUCUGGCUUUGGACGUACCGAAGGACUUUAUUCAGGGAUGCAUCAACCUGCGAGAAAUCAAGUUCAUUGGGAAUGAGGCUCUUAGACUUCCUGCAAGUUUUGGACUUGCAAGUCGGCUGACAUAUCUGGACGUGUCCAAUAACUUCUUGGAGGAUCUGACUCAUGCCAACCUUGACAGGUUGCACGGACUUGUCAGCAUAAAGAUGGCCAACAAUAGGCUCACCAAGUUGCCCAGUUACUUCGGUAACUUCCAGUACUUGAGGAGCCUCAACAUAUCGUCGAACAACUUCAAGGUGUUCCCUGACCUCCUCUGCGGCCUGAAGAGUCUCGUUGAUCUAGACAUCAGCUUCAAUAAUAUCUCAGAAUUGCCACAAAUCGGCAAGCUCGCGACACUCGAGCGGAUUUGGAUGACGAACAACAUAGUCAGAGGUGCUUUAGACGAUACCUUCAGAGAUCUCGUCAAUUUGAAAGAAAUAGACGCAAGGUUCAAUGAAAUCACGAACAUUGACACACUGUGUGUUCUCCCUCGCCUGGAGCAGGUAGCUAUUGGACACAAUGCUAUAUCGAAGUUCAAGGGAUCGUUCCCAAAACUCAGAACUUUGGCACUUGACCAUUGUCCUAUGACUCAAUUCGAGAUCGACGCACCUAUACCCACAUUGACGUCUCUCAAUAUUGCGUCUGCCAAGCUUGUUCAAUUGCGUGAUACUUUCUUCGAAAAUUUACCUAAUCUGACAAAGGUUAUUCUAGACAAGAAUCACUUUGUUUCAAUGUCACCUCACAUAGGCAAAUUGCGCAAGCUUGAGCACUUCAGCAUGAUCAAGAAUCCCCUCGCUGCUCUUCCCGCCACCAUUGGCUGCUUGACGGAGCUCAAGUAUCUCAACUUGAGGGAAUGCAAUCUGAGAAAGCUACCGCCAGAAAUAUGGCACUGCCUGAGGCUCGAGACUCUGAACGUCUCUUCGAACGUCCUUGAAGGUUUCCCGAAGCAUGGAAGCCCGCAGCCUCAGGUCCCCAGCGAACCGAUCGGCACACCCGCCGCAACGCCUGGCGUAUCGACAACACCUAGCUAUGAGGAGCUAGGUGCUUUGGAGGAGCAAGAGGCUCGACGACCAAGCCAAACAUCGGGCGGCGUGCUUAGCACCGGAAGCUCUCCAAACGGGGGCGCUUACCGGAAGCCCUCUGUCGCAUCCUCCCUCGGCCAAGGCAGGAAAGUCUCUGCUGCAUCUCGUUCACUGACUGACGGCAGUCCAUCUUCACGCAAGGACUCCAAUUUCUCUCAGCAUGUGGCGACGACAUUUGGCGGGUCACUUCGGAAUCUGUACCUGGCUGACAAUCGUUUGGAAGACGACAUAUUUCGUGAACUUUCACUCAUCCCGGAGCUGCGCAUUGUUAACCUGUCGUACAAUGAAUUGACCGAGCUCCCCCAGGGACUGCUGAGACGUUGGCCGCUGCUGACCGAAUUGUACAUCUCUGGCAAUGAACUGACAUCGCUUCCUUCCGAUGACCUUGAAGAAGGAAGCAGCCUGAGGGUUCUUCACAUCAACGCGAAUCGCUUCCAAGUGCUUCCCGCCGAGCUCUGUAAGGUCAGCAAACUCUCAAUUCUGGACGUUGGCAGCAACUCUCUGAAGUAUAAUGUCUCCAACUGGCCCUAUGACUGGAACUGGAAUUGGAAUCGAAACCUCAAAUACCUCAACUUUUCGGGAAAUAAACGGCUUGAGAUCAAACCUCCUGGCUCUUCCCUGUCGAACCAACAGCAACAACCAAAGCAUCAGACAAACCUCACCGAUUUCACUUCUCUCACCCAUUUGCGCGUUCUGGGAUUGAUGGAUGUCACUCUCACAAUUACAACGAUCCCUGAGGAAAACGAAGAUCGUCGGGUCAGGACGUCUGCUUCACUUGCGGGCUCACUCGCAUACGGUAUGGCUGACUUUCUCGGCAAAAGCGAGCAUCUUUCUAUCUUCGAUAUGAUUGUGCCUCGUUUGAAGCCGGACAAGGUUGAAACGGUCGUGGGUAUGUUUGACGGGCAGACUCAAUCCAGCGGAGGUUCAAGAAUUGCCAAAUUCCUUCACGAGAACUUCAUCCAUACUUUCUCUUCUGAGUUGAAAAGAAUGCGCCCUGAGCAGCACGAGACACCGCUUGAUGCGCUCCGGAGGGCGUUCUUGACUCUGAAUAAGAAUAUGGCCUUCGCUUGCUACAAGUCGCUAGAUCAGGAUGUCCGGCAGUAUCAGGAAGAUUCAACCGAUCAGAGGAAAGUUCGGCUUACCAAAGACGACAUUGAUCUCGGCGGCGUUGCGACCGUCAUGUACCUCAAUAACAUGGACCUCUAUGUCGCAAAUGUUGGCGAUGCCCAGGCGAUCCUCGUCAAAGCGGACGGCUCCUUGAGACACCUGACUCAAAACCAUGAUCCUGCCGAAACACAUGAAAGGGCAAGAAUCCGCGACGCCGGAGGGUUUGUCUCCCGGACCGGCAAAUUGAACGACGUCCUCACCGUGUCAAGAGCUUUUGGACACUUCCCAAUGAUGCCCGCUGUCAUCGCAGCUCCUCACACCAUGCACGUAAAUCUGACAGAGCAGGAUGAGAUGGUCAUCCUCGCAUCUAGAGAGUUGUGGGACUACGUGACGCCGGAUCUGGUAGUCGAUGUGACCAGGGCUGAACGAAGAGAUCUCAUGAUCGCAGCCCAGAAGAUCAGAGACCUGGCCAUAUCUUUUGGUGCGACCAACAAGUUAAUGGUGAUGAUUCUAGGUGUGGGUGAUCUCAAGCGACGGGAGAAGAUUAGGACCCGGCCAAGUCUUUCGAUGGUUGGGCCCCCCGAGGAACAGAUUAUUCCCAGUACCAAGCGCACCAAGAAGCCGCGUGAUGCGCCUGGUGACUCCCGGCUCGCUCGAUUCAACUACGUGGACGCCCCCGUUGGUGAACUGGCAAUCAUCUUCACUGAUAUCAAGAAGUCGACCAGUCUUUGGGAGACCUGUCCUGAUGCGAUGCGUUCGGCCAUUCAGAUCCAUAACGACAUCCUUCGUCGACAGCUGGGUAUCAUAGGGGGAUAUGAAGUGAAGACUGAAGGUGAUGCCUUCAUGGUCGCUUUCUCUACCACCACAGCUGCUUUGCUGUGGUGCUUCAACUGCCAGACACAGCUUCUUGACGCCGAAUGGCCGACGGAGAUCCUUGAGCAGCCCCAAUGCCAAGUGGUCUAUGAUACGGAAAACAACAUCAUUUUCAGGGGUUUGUCCGUCAGGAUGGGCUCUCACUGGGGCGAACCUGUUUGUGAGAAAGAUCCUGUCACCAACCGUAUGGACUAUUUUGGGCCAAUGGUGAACCGAGCAUCACGAAUCUCCGCGGUCGCUGAUGGUGGCCAAAUUUUCGUAUCGUCGGACUUCAUGAGUGAUAUUCAACGCAACCUGGAGAUAUUUGCCGAUAGCGAACGGGCUGCGUCGACAGGUUCGGAAGAAAGCUAUGCGUAUGAUACCCUCGGGCACAACAUUCGUCGGGAGCUGCAGCAACUCAACAGCCAGGGAUUCGUGAUAAAGGACCAGGGUGAGCGCAAGCUAAAGGGACUAGAAAAUCCGGAACCGCUCUAUCUCAUCUAUCCGCAUGGCUUGUCGGGACGAUUGACGACGUUGGACAAAGACGCAAGCAAUGAGCUUGCCCCAACUACUAUCAGCAAGCAUUCUCAACUGGAAAUCCAAACGGAUUUGAUUUGGCGGUUGUGGGAAAUUACUCUUCGUCUGGAGAGGCUUUGCGCUGCAUUGGAGUACCCGGGUGAAGCUCGACUGAAGGAGCCGAAUGUAGCUCUAUUCAAUGUGGUCAAAAACCAUGGUGGUGAGCUUGCAGACUCGACUGUGAUAAGCCUAGUUGAGCAGCAGGUAACUCGCAUCGAGGUCUGUAUCACUACACUCUUCAUUCGAAACAUGAUGCGGCCCUUCCGGCCAGGCGACCAGCUCAAUGACCACGCUGUACCGAUUACAGACGUGAUGCAACAACUACAAGCUCAGCUCGCAGAAUUCCGAGCUCUAAAGGAGCAAAUUGAUGCCAGUGCUGGCACUGCAACUAGCUAUACAUACACCGACCCCCAGUAUAGCAACGGUGAGAGCAACUAUGACUCUGCCUCGUCGUCCUAUCUUCAUAUGGGACCGCCAUCUGACGAGUAUAACCCUGGCGGACCUCGUCCUUGA